AUGACCUCCGAGGGCGGGCCGCCGCCACCCCCGCCGCGCCCGCCGCCGGCCCCACUCCGCCGCGCCCGCAGCCCGGGCCCCGGCGCGCUGCAGGCCGCCCUGAUGAGCCCGCCGCCCGCCGCCGCCGCCCUGGAGGCCGCCUCGUCGUCCUCGUCCUCGUCCUCGGCCGCCUCCUCGGCCGGCGCGGCCCCGAACGCCUGCAAGAGCGCGGGCGGCGGCGCGGGCGCGGGCGGCGGGGGCGCCAAGAAGGCGAGCGCGGGGCUGCGGCGGCCGGAGAAGCCGCCCUACUCGUACAUCGCGCUCAUCGUCAUGGCCAUCCAGAGCUCGCCCGCCAAGCGCCUGACGCUCAGCGAGAUCUACCAGUUCCUGCAGGCGCGCUUCCCCUUCUUCCGCGGCGCCUACCAGGGCUGGAAGAACUCCGUGCGCCACAACCUCUCGCUCAACGAGUGCUUCAUCAAGCUGCCCAAGGGCCUCGGGCGGCCGGGCAAGGGCCACUACUGGACCAUCGACCCGGCCAGCGAGUUCAUGUUCGAGGAGGGCUCGUUCCGCCGCCGGCCGCGCGGCUUCAGGCGGAAGUGCCAGGCGCUCAAACCCAUGUACCACCGCGUGGUGAGCGGCCUGGGCUUCGGGGCCUCGCUGCUGCCGCAGGGCUUCGACUUCCAGGCGCCCCCGUCGGCGCCGCUUGGCUGCCAUGGGCAGGGCGGCUACGGCGGCCUCGACAUGAUGCCGGCGGGCUACGACGCGGGCGCCGGCGCCCCGGGCCACGCGCACCCGCACCACCGCCACCACCACGUUCCCCACAUGUCGCCCAACCCGGGCUCCACCUACAUGGCCAGCUGCCCGGUGCCCGCCGGGCCCGGGGCCGUCGGCGCGGCCGGGGGCGGCGGCGGCGGGGACUAUGGCCCGGACAGCAGCAGCAGCCCCGUGCCCUCGUCCCCGGCCGUGGCGAGCGCCAUCGAGUGCCACUCGCCCUACACCAGCCCCGCGGCGCACUGGAGCUCGCCCGGCGCCUCGCCUUACCUCAAGCAGCCGCCCACCCUGACGCCGGGCAGCACCCCUGCCGCCCCUGCCGGCCUGCACAGCACCAUGUCUUCCUACUCGCUGGAGCAGAGCUACCUGCAUCAGAACGCCCGCGAGGACCUCCCAGUGGCGCUCCCUCGAUACCAGCACCACUCCACGCCCGUGUGCGACCGGAAGGACUUCAUCCUCAACUUCAACGGCGUCUCCUCCUUCCACCCCUCUGCCAGCGGCCCCUACUACCACCACCACCACCACCAGAGCGUCUGCCAGGACAUCAAGCCCUGUGUUAUGUGA